AAAGUAUAUCGGUCAGGUGAUCAAUAUGUCUGCGCCCAGGGUGUUGGGUUAAUGGCAAGCAAAGGUGUUCAGAGUCUUUAUCCUUUGUUUUGAUAUCAAACAACAGUGAAGUUCUUCGGCAAAUGUCCACUUCUUCGCAGUCGAGGUUAGAGGAUCUUACUCAGGCGACGAAAAUGGCAAAGAGUGGUACGUGGUUUACACAUGAUCAUCAAAAUAAGAAUCCUAGCUCAAAUGUGAUGGAAAUGGUCCUUGAACGGUUUGAGCGCCUUCCAGAAUUAGACAGAACACUUUUUGUCUAUGGACCUUUCUACCUUGGGUUAAAUUCAGCACUUGCUGGUUUAAUUACCAACAGUUUCUUUCGAAGAGCUCUCAAUGUUGCGCAGGCUCGUUUUGCGUCUAGUUUGCCUAUGGCAGUCCUACCAUUCCUGUCAACCGUAGCUGGUUAUAAUGCUGUUGUAUCAAAACCUUUGCUUUCAGGUGAUCUAAACUGUCCCACCUGUGCUCUAGUUAGAGGAGGAUUAGUGGCAUCUCUUGGUGGAGGCUUAUAUCCUGUUCUCUUGGCCUUGCCGAUAAACGCUGGACUUGCAACAAGGUACAAUACAAGCCCUAUGCCAGAAAAAGGAAAUAUAAUAAGAUUCUGGAUUGCUCUUUGUCAGCCAUUUAAGAGAAAACUAAGCUAUGUGAUAAUCCUUCAGGCUCUCUUUGGAUUCUUCCUAAGUUCCAAGCACUAUGCAAUUUACAUGAAAAUGCUUGAACUUCCUCCAUCCCACAUAGAUUCUGAACAUUAAAGGAGGAAAAUAUUUAACUUGAAUAUUUGACAGCAUAUUAUCAUGCAUUAAUCAGUUCUCACCCGGUGUUUAAUAAAUUUUAAUGAUUUGAGUAAUAACAGUACCAUCAGUUAAAUUCUUAUCAAAAGACGAGAAAGAAUCUUUUAUAUUCCAUGGUUUCAAGGCGACUAAAUGCUAUAUCAGAGAAAAAGUAAGUAACUUCUAUGUUCUGCUAUCCACAAAAGAUGAACAUGUAAUAUAAUAAAAUUUGAUUGUGAACCAAAGCCUGCAUGGUUAGUACAAAAUUCAAAGAAGCAAUGCUGGUUUCCUUGCUGUAAUGGAAAAAUAAAUUUCUAAAUUUGUAAUGUAAUAAAUUUAGUAAAACAAACAUUUCUGUUAUAAUGUGAUAUUCACGUUGAGUUUCUCUUUAGCUAAGGGGGAGACUUGUUCUACAGAUCCCGUUUGUCAACAUGAUACAGUCCCUAUCCCUUGCUUCCUAUUCAGUCUCAAUUAAAUCUUUACCAAACCAAUUGGUGUUGAAUUGUUAACAAGGGAGCUACCAGUGUUAUAAAAAUUACUGUCAUUCAUUCCUUAUUUUUUUUCUCUAAUGUUACUGGCUUGCUCCAAUUAUUAUUCAAGCCAGCAACAAGACAGGUUUAAAAUUAACCACCGACAUUGGAUUAAAUAAUUAUUGCGUCCAUGUCUAUGACUUUGAAUUAAGAUAAAAACUUUCCAUAAUGUUAUUACCGAAAUAAAGAUCAUUUAUUUUUCUGAAGGUGAUUUUCCACAGGCAGCCUUAAAAGUAAUUGUAUCUAUUUUAAAAUAAAAUAUGGAACUAAAUAUGGCACUGGUGCAUGUUCUGAAACUUGGAGUAAAAGAUUUUAUAUCGCAGUUUUAACUUCUGUUCUGUUAAUACAAGCAAAUAUUGGAAGAUUUAAUUUAUAAUGUAGUAAUGUCCACAAAUAAUGUGGAUAAAUAAUAAUAUUGAAAUCUUUUCAAUACUCUGUCAGCCAAGAUUUAAGAAAAAUGCCAACAACUAAGGCAAGGAUGCUGGAACUCAAUGGCCAAAAGAUGUAAAAUGCCUAGUUGAUAUGUCUUUUUCUUUGUUUGUAUCAGUAAUUCCAAUGUUACUUGUAUAGGUUUGAACAAUAUAAGUUGAUGCAACUUAUUAAGAACAUUAAAAUAAUUGAUUGUUCACAUUUCCAGGUUGAGUAUGGAUUCAAUCUGGAAAAUUAAAUAUUUUGAGUAACCAGU